AUGAGAAGAAGAUACAGCAAAAAGACCAAAACCGUGCACAAAAACAUCGUACAAACGUCGGAAGAAAGAGCCAACUUUGACCAGCUCCCUCAUGACCUAGUGAUCGAUAUUUUUGGGAGAUUGCCCCCGAAAUCUCUGGCUAGGUUUCUCACAGUAUCCAAGUUAUGGGCAACAACUAUACGCAGUCCAGAUUUCAUCAGAUCUUACCCGCGUGGAUCUUCGUGCCAACCUCGUACCCUAAUAGCUGCUGAUUUCAAUUCAUACGGAUCCAGAGGGGUUACGGGAAAUUUGCACUUCUUCAAGCGGCCGUCAUCAUCAUCGCCAAAUUCUUUUAUAUCAUGUCUGACCUGUCCGGUCAAGUAUGAUCAGCACAUGGAGUGCAAUUAUCAUCAUGUUAAUGGACUGAUAAGCGUUGGAUAUGGUCAAGAGCAAAUCGUAUUUAACCCCAUCACUGGUAAAUCCAUAACUUUACCACGUGCCAGAACAAGGAGAAAGCUGGUAAACAGUUUCUUCGGGUAUGACCGUGUUAGUGAUCAUUUCAAAGUUGUGUGCAUGACAGAAAAAAUGUAUGGCCGUCGUGAAGAACCAUCAUCGGAACAUCAAGUGUUGACGUUUACAUUGGGAGCUGAAUCAUCAGCUGUUGUAAAGAAAUCAUGGCAAAUGAUAAAUUGUAGCAUUCCUCACCGUCCUUGCUCUAAAGGUGUGUUCAUAAAUGGUGUUGUGUAUUAUGUUGCUAGAACAGGGGCAGAAAUGUCGCAUAUGAGGUUAAUGAGGUUUGCUCUGAGCCCUGGUGACAGUUUGGAUCUUUUUACUAGUUUACCUGAAGAGAUUGAAACUCCAAGUAUAUAUAAUCUCUUAUUGAUAAACUACGAAGGGAAAGUAGCCAUACCCACUAAUACUUCAUUCUAUACAUAUGAUGUGUGGGUUAUGAAUCAGGAAGGUGGAAAACAUGAAUGGUUGAAGAAGAUAACUUUCAGUAUUGAACCUUGGAAGAGUUUAUUCGACUAUUUAUACGUGAGAGGCACUACUCAUACGGGUGAGAUUAUUUUAGCACCAACGCACUAUAGUAAUGAGUUUUAUAUCUUUCAUUACAAUCCCGACAAGAAAAGUUUUAGAAAGAUUGGUAUUCAAGUAUCCGCACGCUAUAGGGUUAAGUUUCAUUAUAAACNGUUGGAUCGUUUACACAUCAGAGGCACUACUCAGACGGGCGAGUUCAUUUUGGCACCACGGUACUAUUCUGAUGAAUUUAAUGUUAUCCAUUACAAUCCCGACACGGGUAGUUUUAGAAGCACUAAGGUUGAAGUAUAUGAAGACUAUGAGUUCAAGCGUCGUGGUACAAGAGCAUUAGUUUUUUCGGAUUACGUAGAGAGUCUUAGGUUGCUGUAGGA